AUGGCCCAUUUGUUGCGUGUCUAUACUUGUCUCUUUUUCAGGGGACAAUCGCGCCAUUCUUCCGAAGAAGCGGAGAAUGCGAAGAGGAUCUCUACAGAGAUCAAGAUCGUUUCCGGUUCGGUGCAGGGCACCCGCGAUUCUAUCGAGAUGAGGUUCGCACAGGUAGCAGCGUCGAUUGCCGAGGCGUAUAGUCUUGCAAUGGAGACCAAGAUGGUGCUUCUGCCACUGCUGCUUCUGCCACUGCUGCUUCUGUCACCGCUGCUUCUUCUCACCACCACCACCACCACCACCAUCACAGCCAUCUCCACGCCACAACCAACUCUCUCCCGCCCGCCAGGGAGGAGCUUAACCUUCUUUCGGGUUGUAAAAACAUAUCCCAUCGAACCAAACACGCGCCGCAUGCACACACUACCAUCUCACAACACGUCCUGCCCCCACUAUCCGCAGUGUCCCGAGCUCGGAUGCUCGUAUUUACCCUUGAUGAUGGUGUCUUGCUAG